AUGCGCAUCGACAUCCUCGACAUCCACGCCAACCCACACGAGCAGGAGCUUCGCCAAGCCGACGCCAUCGUCACUUCUUCGACCUCGGGCGCCGCCACAAAUUCCCCCGCCGCGUUACUGCUCUUGCUGCCGCCUCUUAGUGCUGCUUGCGCCUCGCCCGUGACCCGCGUGCCCGUCCGCCCCUCUGCUACUGAUGCGGUUGCUGCUGCCGCCGUCACCGCACGCGCUCGCCUACACACCCCUGUAGCCGCCCGUGGCCCUGCCGUGCUGCUCGCCGGCUCCGCCCCGCCGUGCUCGCGGCAGCGCCCGCCAGGUGCCGCCCGCCGGAACCCCGCCUCCGCCCGCUGUUGCUUCGGCCACUGCCGCAGCCCGCCCAGUUCCUCCCGCGCCCGCCGUUCCCCCCACUCCCUCGCGCGCGCGCCGGCGUCCCUCUCGUGCUCCCCGCGCUGGCGCCGGGCCGCGUCCUGCUCCCCCUCCUCGGCGCUCUGCGCGUUGGCCGCCGGCGCUCCUCUGGAGCGGUCGGGCGUGCCUUGCCUUGCCGUGGCCGGCUCGGCCACUGCCAAUGGCCCCCCUGGCUUAAUUAGGGGCUAA